UAAAUGGAUUGGAAAUACGAAAAAUGACAUUUUCCGACAGGUUCGCUUUGUUAUCGUGCCGAUUAAUUUCAAAAGUUUUAACCAGGAGAAAUUUAUUGUGUGCCAGUGCAAGAAAACUUCUUAUGGAUAGUAAUGACGAAGCUAAAUCGACCAUGGAAAUUGUCAAUAUCCCCCCAAUCGUCACCACGUACCGGUACGCGUUGCAUACUUUCGACCAAAACUAUAAAGACGAAAUUUCGACCAACUUAUACAAGUUAAAAAGUUUGAUGGACAAUUUGAAAGCCGACGACUUGGGCUACGAUCAAAUUCUGAGCGACCCACAGACGUGGAGAAAACCAAAUAAAGCGCCUUGUACAUACAUCGAAGUUUUCCAGAACAGUUUGGUCAACAUGAGUGUAUUUAUUUUGAAACCUGGGUUCAAGAUGCCACUACACGAUCAUCCGCACAUGUACGGACUUCUGAAAGUGAUAUCAGGUGAAGUGAGAAUAAGAAGUUUUACAGAAUAUCCCUUGAAAGAGGAUGUAGAUUUUGAUGACUUCGCAGCGCACGCAAUGCACGAAGCGGCACGUCUCGCGGGCUUUCACAAUCAGAGAAGACUGUUCGCCGAAGUUACUCAAGACCAUGUAUGUAAUGCCAGUUCACAGACAUGUGUUCUAACACCAACUAAUUCAAACUACCAUGAAAUAGAGGCUUUGGAUGUUCCCGCAGCCUUUUUCGAUAUACUGUCCCCCCCUUAUGAUACACUUAUUGAGGGCAUUGGGCCAAGGAGAUGUCGGUAUUAUUAUGUGGCGAAUGAAAUUAGCUCUAAUGUAGUAGAAUUACAAGAAACAUGUGCACCAGCUUGUUUCUUUUGUGAUCAGGCACCUUAUUUAGGCCCCCUGCUGGUUUAGCUGAAUAGUUACAAUACAUAGGAAUUUUAAAAGUAUUGUCAAGAACCACAUGGUGAUGGGCCUUAAGGCAAUACACUGCAUUAUUUUUGUCCUAUUGUGUCACACAAUCGAAACCCUCUGCAUAGAAUACUGUCUAUUUGUAGUUAAAGAAUAAACUCUGUUUUCAAGUUAAGAGAACAUCUUUAUUUAAUUGAAUAUGACAAUUUCUUAAUUUAACAUUAUGUCAUUCUUUAAAACAGCCAUACAAAAACAAUGUUGGUGUUUUUAUGGCAAGAUAUCAUAGGCUACAAAUAUUCACUGUGUAGUGUUAGGGUUUGGUUUAGCUACCUAGAUAGAGAGAGGGUAAUAGGCAGAGGUUCACAUUAUAUUCUUUGACUGGUAAAGCAAGUGAUAUAUAAUUGCUUAAAAUGCACUUAACUUAGAUAAGUUAGUGUUGCAUAACAGGGUUCAAAAUUGAACCUGAAGUCCUAAUUGCUAUCAGCACUUUACUGUCUUAUUAAUAGAUGUGGCAUAAUGUCUUAUGUUGUUUUGUAGCAUUUUAACACACUGCUGAUGGCUUCUUUCAAUUUUCAAAAAACAUGGCACAGCUCUUCCAACAUUCUGACUCUUAAAUUUAAAUAUUCUUCAUUUAUGUAGGUCUAUCACAGACGCUUUUUGUUAUUUUUUUGAUAUCAAUAUCUCACAGUUAAAUAAUAUUUAGCUACGAAGUUAUAGCAAUUCACCAUAUCCAAGCUUUUUUAUUGUUUAAGCAAUCUUUAAUAUAAUUAAAGCUUUAUACUAUGAUAUAUCUUUGUUCAUAACUUGUUUGAAGUGCGUUCAAGUGUUUGAAAUAUCCCAUCGCCAUGCGUUUUAAACUUGAAGAAGUCACCAUGACAAUAAUAGAGUUCCCACUAUGCAGGUCAAAAGCCUAUGCGCAAGUUAGCAACAAAGUUAGUGUAGUUAAAACUGUUGUGGAUACCAGCAUAGUAAGAUCUACUUUACCAGCAUAGUUAUAACUGUUAUAGAUACCAAGAUAGUAAAGCUAUUUUACAAACAAUGUAAAAGCUAUUGUAGAUAUCAGCAGAGCAAGAACUAUUGGUAAAAACUUGUGCCAGCUUAGUAAGAACUAUUUUAGCUACCAGCUUAGUAUGAAUUAUACUUACCAUCAUCAAAGUAAAAACUCUUCGUAAGUUUACUUGAGUGAUCUCUGCUCUGUUAAACAACAUUAGUGCAAAUGGUUUUGUGCCUUUUAUAUAUUAAUGAGAUGAUAAGAUAAGUAUCAAUACAAAUUGUUUAGUUUUCAGACUGAAAAAUAACUUUUGUAUUUGUUAACUAUAAUAGGUACUUUAAUGCUAAUCGGAAAAUAAUAAAUUACGAUUUAUAAAAAUACUUGUAAAUUAUUUGUAAAUAUAAAUUUUUGAACCAAAAAAAUUAAAAAUAGUAAUGUAGCUACUUGACCGCGCUUAUCUAACAGCAGAAUUUAAUAAUUUAUAUAAACUUACAUACUUAUAAGAUUUUUAAUAUUUUAAAUUGAGCGCACA